UAUGCUAAAUGCAUUUGUUAGUUUUACGAGAUUGUAUGUAUGUGUAACUAGAUAACAGUUUCUUUGUUUUCACAAACAUGCACUUUUAAGUUAUCUUACUGUUUCUUCUUUAUUUCUGCAUCAAACUUUUAUUUAUUUCGUAUUCGUUAUAAUCAAAGAGUUUUCGUCGAAUCGUUUGAUUACAUACUUUCAAUGUGAACUGAGAUUUACAGAAUUUAAUGAAAACAAAAAAAGAAAAAUAAUAAAAGAGUUUUGUUUACUAAUGAAUAUUAUAUUUGCUUACGUCAAGUUUUAAUAGAAAAAUGUCUAAUAAUCAAGAAAGUGUCACCAUGACGAACACAGAGAAACGUGAAAAAAUGAAGAAAGAACUUGAAAAAGUGGGAAUGUACCAGCCAAAUGUUCCUUUGGAUUAUAUGAAGCAAGUAUUUGAUGCAAUACAAGAAUCUAAGGAAAUGGCAAAUAUACCAAUAAAUAAUGCAGGAAACCAAAAGGACAUGCUACAUUCUAUUAAUAAUUUAACUAAUAAACCAGAUAUAACGAUUAAAGGAGAUUCGAUAUCAGAAACAGAUAAUAACAGAGCUAAACCAAGUUGUUCGUACAAUACUUAUUGUAAUAACAGUAGCUCGGAAUCACCAAAACCUCGCAACAAGAGAAACAUUGCUAAUAAGAAAAAAACUACGGACGACAACGAUGGGAACGACAAUGGUGCAGAUAAAAAUUUGUCACGUCAAAAGUCAAAGAAUAAUACUUUACAGGAGUCUUGUAAUUUACGAGUAGAAAAAAAAAUGUCAUCACUUCAAAAAGAUUUUCUAUAUCAAACCAAGAGAUGGAAGAUUAAUCCGUUAGAUUCACAAUGCAAUCAGAAGGAUGUGGCUUUGCAACAGCCAAAACGACCUCCCAUUCAAGAACGUUUACCUUUCAGACUUUGUAAAGGUACGCACACUGAAGAAGAAUCUGUUAAAAUAUUGAACGACUUGAAUAUUCAUUUGAAAAAUAUGGCGAAUCUGUGGUUAAAUUGCCAUGAUAAUACGACCGAAUCGAUGUUUCAAUGGGGGACACCCAUUCAGGUGGAUACAGAUAACAACAGUUUGGGGAGAAUACCGUCAAUGGUCGAUUGUUAUUACGACGAAGACGACAUAGACAUGAUCAGUAAUUAUGACGAAGGAGAAAAUGUAAUAAAUAAUUGCAACGACGACGAAGAUAAUUUACCCAGUAAUUAUGUGAGAGAAAGCAAAAGGAAAGCAUCAUGGUUUGCUAAUACAAAAAUAUCCAAUUCCAGCAGCGACGACGAAACAACUCUUAGUUUUAUUAAAAAACACAAAUCAGAUGAUACAAGUAAAAUGUACAAAACAUUGCAUAAGAAGGAAUUGUCGACUGAAGAAAAAUAUUGUACGAAGGAAGAUCUCGAUAAAGAAGAUUUAUUUUCAAAUAAUAAUCUUAUUAAUGAAAAGGAUGAUAAAGAUAGCAAAAGUAUUAAUGUUAAACAUUUACAAGGGCCUAAUGAAAGAACAGUAUCUCCAGAAAUAUUAUCUAAUCCAAGAAGAGAUAUAGUUUCUAAGUCUAGUUUAUUGGACAUAAACAAAACGCAAGUUUCUUAUUUGACAUUAAGAAAUAGUAAAAAAGGUUCUAAUCAAUGUGACUUAGAAGUAAGUCCUAGUACGUCGAGAAAAGAAAGUUUAAGUAAUAUUCAAACGAAUAAAGAAUUAAUUGGACAAUUGGAUAAAAUUAAUAAGAAUAUUAACGAAGCAUCGAUUACUAAAGAUAUUGUUGUUAAACCAUUACCCAUGAAGAAUUUUUCAACGAGAUUGGCAAAACAAUGCGCGAAAUUAAAACAAACCGAUGCAGAGAGAAAGAAAAAAAUACUUUCAGAUGAAAAGGAAGCUGUUAGAAAAACGUUAGAAGAAAAAGAUAAAAAGAAGCAAGACUACGUUAAGAGGAGAAUGCAAGAGAUGGAAGAAAUGUCGAAGGAAAAGUUAAAAGUAUUAAAUAAAGAGAAAAAAAAGGACAGACUGAUGGAGGUGUUGGAAGGAAAAAGUACCAGUCGAACGCCAAAGUGGAAAAAAUUAAUGAAAAAACAAAAGAAAGAUACCGAAAUUGAUGAAGAUGAUAUUGAUAAAAUAAUAGAAGAAAUAGAAAACGAUGAUUAUAUUUACAAAACUCAAGUAACGUGUCCUAUCUGCAACAAAUCCUUUGCAAACGACAAGAUAGAAAAUCAUGCGGCUAUGUGCGAUCAAUUUCAAACGGAAGAUGAAUUCAAACAAGAUUACGUAUACUCAGCUCAAAGCAGUAGAAAAUGCAUAGUUAAAAAAGACAAGGUUAAAAAUUCACAGGCGCGGUAUGAAUGUAAUAUUUGUUCUUCGUUUCAAACUGAUAGUGGCAUAGAUUAUGAAGAUCACGUUAAUAAAUGUUUACAGAACAGACACAAUUCUCCACCUCGAGGUACUCCUAUUUUAAUCGAUGUACCUGACUCUCCCAUAAAUUCUUUUCAGUCCAUUAGCGAACAAAAAAAUUCUAAUAUAGAUUACACUGACCAAUUAACGAAUACAACAAAAAAAGCACAAAUAGGUAGGAAGAGAAAGCGUUGAUUAAAUUUUUCUUUCAUUCAAAAUUGCAUAUUUUUUUAUUUAAAUAUUGUACUAUUAAC